AUGGACUUCCCUACAGAAACGAAAUGCUGGGUAUUGGCCAAAAAGCCGACCGGAAAGCCCGUCAUAUCUGGAGCACAUUCCACCUUCCGACUGGAGACGCGCCAAUUACCCAGCCUAAAGCCCGGGCAGAUCCUCCUGAAAACCUGCUUUCUCUCCAACGAUCCCGCGCAGCGUAUGUGGAUCGAUGCAGAGCUGCCAGCGGAUCGAUUAUACCUGAAGCCUAUCGAAGUUGGGCAGGUCAUGGCGUCUCGGGGAAUCGGAAGAGUUCUUUCUAGCCGCUCGUCGAAGAUCAAGGCAGGAAGUCAGGUCGUUGUGCCCAAUAUCGGCUGGACGGAGUAUGCUGUAUUGUCAGACCAGGGCGUGAUUGUUCUAGAGCCGCUACCACUAGGUCUAAGUGUCACGCACUAUUUGGGUGCUCUGGGAAACACGGGGUUGACUGCCUACUAUGGGCUCGUGGUACAAAGCGAGGCGAAGCCGCAGGAUACGGUCAUAGUGUCUGGAGCAGCGGGGGCUACGGGGAGUAUGGUCAUACAGAUUGCGAAGAAGAUCAUUGGGUGCAAAAGAGUCAUCGGCAUUGCUGGGACUGAUGAGAAAUGCCAAUGGGUCGAGAGCCUUGGGGCCGAUCUAUGUCUCAAUUAUAAGUCAGAGUCUUUCGUGGAUAACCUGAAGAAAGGCACAGCCGGCGGGGUGGAUGUGUUUUUCGACUGUGUUGGAGGUGCCAUCUUGGACCAGGUUCUCCCGCGGAUGUCAAAGUUCGGCCGGAUUGAAGCCUGUGGUGCCAUAUCUGGGUACAAUGAGAAAGGAAGCGCACUGUUUGAGAAUUGGUUUCACGUCGUGAGCAUGAGGCUGAAAAUCCAAGGUUUCAUUGUGCUUGACUACGCCGCUCAUGCCCAGGAUGCUAUUGAAGUUCUGAAGCAGGCUAUCGCUGAUCGCAAGCUUGUGCUUGGGGAACAGAGUCAAACCAUUAAUUCAGUCACGUUUCAGGAUAUACCGAAGGUCUGGUUGUGGCUCUUUGAAGGAGGUAAUACAGGCAAGCUUAUCACGGCGUUAUAG